UGUCAUUUGUCAAUACAAUAUUUUCAAACUUCAUAAAAAAUUUCCAAAUCUUCAAAUAAGGUUUUGUUCAAAUAUAAUGUUAUUUUUACAGAAUGCAGUAGAACCUAUGCAAGUAGACGCGCCACCAGAAGACAAUGAUAACAAUGAAGAAGAUAACUAUAUUGUAGAAAAUCCAACAUUAGAUUUGGACGUUUAUGCAAACAGCUACGUAGGAUUGGCAAAGUUGUACCGGCUUAUUUAUAUAAUAGAUCAUUGCCCUUCCCUUAAAUUAGAGGCACUUAAAAUAGCAAUAGCAUAUGUAACAGAUACAUACAAUGUAAACUUGUAUCAAGUUUUACAUCAAAAACUAGCUGAGAUAACUACAGCUUUGAACGUUCCUGAUGUAGCAGCCCCUUCUACAUCCCAAGAUAUACCUGCCAUAGAUAAUAUGUGGAUGGAAACGAAGUCAAAAAAAGCAGCAUUUAAGCUAGAAAAAUUGGAUAAUGAUCUAAAAAAUUACAAAUCAAAUUCAAUUAAAGAAAGUAUUAGAAGAGGACAUGAUGACUUGGGUGACCAUUAUUUGGAUUGUGGUGAUCUAUCUAACGCUCUAAAAUGUUAUUCAAGGGCUAGAGACUACUGUACUAGUGGAAAACAUGUUGUUAAUAUGUGUCUGAAUGUUAUAAAAGUAUCUGUAUAUUUGCAGAAUUGGUCUCAUGUAUUAAGUUAUGUUUCUAAAGCAGAGAGUACACCCGAUUUCUCGGAAACUCAGUCUAAGGAUUCCAACCAAAUCAUAUUGACAAAAUUGAAAUGUGCGGCAGGACUUGCAGAACUAGCAACAAAGAAAUACAAAUCUGCCGCUAAGCAUUUCCUUCAAGCAAAUAUAGAUCAUUGUGAAUUUCCAGAAUUACUUUCUCCAAAUAAUGUUGCCAUGUAUGGGGGUCUGUGUGCACUAGCAACAUUUGAUAGGCACGAGUUACAAAAAAAUGUUAUUUUUAGUAGUUCUUUUAAACUGUUUUUAGAAUUAGAACCACAACUACGUGAUAUAAUUUUCAAAUUUUAUGAAUCAAAAUAUGCCUCCUGUUUAAAACUAUUAGAUGAAAUUAAGGACAACUUACUCCUCGAUAUGUACAUUGCUCCCCAUGUUAAUAUUUUGUAUACGCAAAUUAGGAACAGGGCGUUAAUCCAAUAUUUUAGCCCUUAUUUAUCUGCUGAUAUGCACAAAAUGGCUUUAGCCUUCAACAGAACCGUGCCUGCUCUGGAAGAUGAACUAAUGCAACUUAUCUUAGAUGGACAAAUUCAAGCUAGGAUUGAUUCUCACAAUAAAAUUCUUUUUGCUAAAGAUGUGGAUCAACGUAGUACUACUUUUGAGAAAAGUUUGUUGAUGGGAAAAGAGUAUCAGAGAAGAACUAGAAUGUUAAUUUUAAGAGCCGCAGUUUUAAAAAAUAAAAUCCAUGUCAAGAGUCCUCAGAGAGAAGCAGGUCAAACGGGAGAAAUUACAGUUGUGCCGUUCUAAAAACUAUCAACUCAGUUAUACUAACUUAUAUUGAUUUGAUUUAUUCGAAAGUUUUGUGCGAAAUUCUUGUAGUUGUAUAUCAACAUUUCAGUCAUUUUGAUGUUUUUAAAUAAAUACCCUAUUUUUGCGACUGUAUUAUUCGUUUAUUUUCAAAGUUGUUGAGAAACUGUAAUAACGAACGUACACAAUGAUCGUGCUUGUACGCGCUCUUAACGUCGAAGCUUCUACUUUUUACGCGCUAAUCGACGUUAGACGUCAAAAUCCUAACCUCACUUUUCUAGUGUAGUUUGUAGCUGCAGGUACCCUGACUUCUCUGAGAGAAAGGUUGGUAGAAUUUGUAUGAGCUCAUGAGUAUUCAUAUAACAAACAGUCGGGUGGAUAAAAGGAAACUAAAAUUUGACAUAAUAUAGGGAAUAAUUUUCCCAUUUAAAAUUCCAUGACAUAAACUGGCGAUUAACUUCCUUAUUUCCUACAUUUAUCGCACUGAUUGUCGUUAAACGUCAAAAACAUAACCUCAAUUUUCUAUUGUAGUUGCAGAUACCUUAAAAAAUGACUUCUCUGAGUGAAAGGUUGGUACAAUUUGUAUGAGCUCUUGAGUGUUUAUAUAAGAAACAGUGGGCUAGAUACAACAAAACUAAAAUUUGACAAUACAGGGAAUACCUUUUGUUAACUAACUUGGUAAAAGAAAUAAAAAUACUUAGGUUAUUGUAACAGUUUAUUUGAAUAUAAAAAACAAUUAAAUCUUACCAACCUUAAAUUUUGAAUCUAAAUUUAUCACAAAAA